CGCAAUCCGUCGUCUCUUCUGCUACCUCCUCUUUUUCUCGACGGCGUUACUAACGUUUAUAAUUCCUCCAAAUCAAUUAGCCUCACUACGUGUUAUUGAAUGGUGAUUCUUUGGGUUCUCCGUUAAGCUUAGAUAUUGUAUAUAUAUAUAUCGUCCUUUGAUUUACUGAGAGUAUGAGACUCAUGGUGCCAAAGUCAAGCUGUAAUGGAGAUUUACCAAAGUCAAACUUUCUGAUCUGAAGGCUGGCCGUUGUAAGGAGGUUUGGGUGUCCCUCUGCUUCAAUUCUGGGAAGCUCGAAUCUGAAGAAAGGAGGCAAGCUUAUUGGAGUUGACAUGGUGUUGUUGGACCAGAAGCUACUAAAAACUUGCUUAUUUAGGAUAACCUACUUCGACUUUCAUAAUAGCUACACUGUUUUUGCUUGCAGUCAACCUUGAUUCAAGGCUCCAUUGCCUCACACCGGCUUAACAGUUUCGAGAAUCUACUGAGGGAAGGAGGAGUGUAUGAGCUCAGUGUUUUUGAUGUUGCUAGAAGUAACAACCAUUUCAACGUCUGUGUUCGAUUCACCGAGCAUACCAAAUUUUGUCGAGUUGAGGAAUCCCACGACUUGCAUUUCAACUGAGAUGCUCUGGUCUCGCAAGUAUGAACAGAUGACUCUGGCUGACGGCUCUAGCUGACAGCAACGUCUACUUGUCAGAUGUUUAUGGGGAGAUAGGAGUAUCAGCACCAUUUACAGUGACGAAAUCAGACCAUUCAGCGUGUUAUGUUGACAAUUUAAAUGUACAUGUAUGUUACUAUUUUGUCUGAAGUUAUAUAUGUUUGGGGUUGCCUUGAACUCUGUUUGUUUCGGAAAAACCUCAAAUAGCUCUGCAGGUCAACCACUGUUUGUGUUACUGUGUUUGACAAGGUCGUAAAUCUCCUCCAUGACAAGUUCGAACUCUUGGGUGUGAAGCCUAUCCAAUGGUUGCAACAAACAUAAAUCCCAAAUUUGUUGGUGGUUGUUUAUUCUACAAUGAAAGCCUAGCCACGCAUGGACUUUUAAAAGAGUUUUUUGUGGAGGUGAGGCUGGUUCCAAGUAUGGUGAUCUUAAGAAACUUGAGUCAGUCACGCUCCAGGAGCUUAAUAGCUAUGUUUCUCAAUUCAACCCCCCAUGUACGUCCACUUAAUAAGAGGCUGUGGAAUUCAUUUGCAAAGGUGAGGUGGCUGAUAUUGACACAACCAAUGGAUAGUGCUGCAUCUCAUGUUCUAUGUGCUCGCGCAAGCUGCUUUGUGGAUUCACAUCUUUCAGCUGCUCCGGAUGCAGUGAUAAGAAAGCAUUCCAAUGUGCAGGUUCCGAGUGCAGAUGGUGGUAGAAGACGUCACCAAUGCAGCUCUUUUUGUCGCAGUUGAUGAGGAAAUCACCAAACUUUCUUUAGGUAGGAAUCAUAGUUAGAUUUGAGGCCAGUUGUGUUGGAUUUGAUGCUGUACACAAUGAAAACAUUUCAUGUUCUUUGUUUAAUUCUUGAUUUUGAUAUGUCAA